AUGUCUUUCGCACUCCCCUCUCGCCAGGUCACCUUCGGUCGCCCCGCUGCGCAGACCCAGCAGUAUCAGCAGAGCCAGCCCCAGCCGUACGGACAAUCGCAGCCGCAGCCCCAGCAGGCCAACGGCCUAGCGCUUCCCUACCCAUCGAGCUCUUACCUCCCCGGCCCGUCCAGCCUUGCUCUCCCCGGACCAUCCGCGACUCAGUAUUCCUCCCAACCACAGCCUGCUCAGUCACAGCAGCAACAAUCUCAGCAGCCGACACAGUCCCAAUCCCAGACGGUGGUCGGCAGCAGCCAGCCCAUCGCUGGUCCCUCCUCUCCUCCCUCUACUGUCCCGGCGACGCCUGCGCCGCUCACGCUCGAGCAGCAGCACAUCACCGCCGUCGAGGGUAUCGUCCCCACGCUCCAGAACAUUGUCGCGACCGUGAACCUGGAUUGCCGAUUGGAUUUGAAGACGAUUGCGCUGCAUGCCAGGAAUGCGGAGUACAAUCCUAAGCGUUUUGCCGCGGUCAUCAUGCGUAUCCGCGACCCCAAGACCACCGCGCUCAUCUUCGCGUCGGGCAAGAUGGUCGUCACGGGUGCGAAGUCUGAAGACGACUCGCGGCUGGCGUCGCGCAAGUACGCGCGUAUCGUCCAGAAGCUUGGCUUCGACGCCAAGUUCUCCGAGUUCAAGAUUCAGAACAUCGUGGGCUCCUGCGACGUUAAGUUCCCCAUUCGUUUGGAGGGACUUGCGUACUCGCACGGACAGUUCAGCUCUUAUGAGCCCGAGCUCUUCCCUGGCUUGAUCUACCGUAUGAUCAAGCCUAAGGUUGUGCUCCUUAUCUUCGUCUCUGGCAAGAUCGUGUUGACGGGUGCUAAGGUCCGCGAGGAGAUCUACACUGCGUUCAACACGAUCUACACGGUGCUUUGCGAAUUCCGCAAGCCGUGA